GGAUCUGAAUUCAUUCUCUCUAAACUCCCUUGUAAAAGUGACCGUGCAUUCUCUAUUAUAAUAUAAAUUGGGCUACAGGUGUUUCACCUAAAGUCCUACCGGUCACUCUGCGUGUUUUUACCUUUCUUAUUUUACGAAAUCAAGCAAACUAUUCUAGACCCGGUCUAGUAUAGUUUGACCGGUCAAGUAAUUUACACCAUCAUUUUUGGCGCCACCCGUGGGACCGUUAAGGUUUCUUCUCUUCUAAACACAAACCUACCCACAAAAACACCACUCAAAAUGUCUUCCAGUCAGCAAAUCAAUGCUACUUCCACUCAGGUACAAGCCACCAAUGAGGGUACCAGCACCCCUGUGGCUGCUACCCUACCGGUCAUUUCCGCCCCAUUGUUGCCUUUGGGCUUGAGCUCAAUCCCGACGCCUAGCGCGAUCAGCCCAUUCACGACCCCCGUCCCUUCCGCUGGACCGAGGGUCACAUUCCCACCAAGCAUGACGCAGUUCAUGAACGAUCCAGCCAACCUGCAGGCCAUCCUGGGCUUUGGCCAGGUCAUGGCCAUGUGCCAACAGAAUGGGGGGAUGCCUUUUCUCCCUGGUAUGUUCCCGUUCGCUCUUCUAGGCGCGGGAACCAUGCCCCUACAAGCUCCAAUGGCGGUAUCUCCCUUCCAGACGCCGGUGCCGCAGCCAUCACCUUUCCAGCCGCAACUUGUCAGCACCGUAGCCCCUGUCAACCUGACUGGCGCGCUUAACGCUGCAGGGCCGUCGCGUCCCCCGCAAGGGAUAGGAGAAGGGCAAUCCACCGUAAGGCCGCCAUUUUUUGAUGGAACAAAUUACUCCUAUUGGAAGGAGCGAAUGAGGAUUUUUGUUCAAUCAAACGACUUCAAAAUUUGGCUUGCUAUCAAGAAUGGAGAUAACUUGCCGAUGAAGAAGAUAGGCGAUACACUCAUCCCGAAGGACGAGGAUGAAUAUGAUGAAGCCGACUUUAAGAAGGCUCAAUUAAAUGCCACCGCCAUCAACUUCUUGUAUUGUGCUCUCAAUGCCAACAAUUAUCAAAAGAUAUCUCGUUGCCAAACCGCCAACCAAAUGUGGAACAAGCUCGUGAUCACAUACGAAGGUACGCCUCAAGUUCGUGAAUCAAAAAUUGAUUUACUAACCCAUGAAUAUGAGUUAUUUGCUAUGAAAGAGAACGAACUUGUGGAGGACAUGUUUGGAAGAUUUUCAAACAUCGUCAACGACCUUGAUAUGCUUGGAAAGACGCUCACCGACAAGGAGUUAAUGAGGAAAAUCCUGCGAAGUCUUACCAAAGAAUGGGAGUCAAAGGUUAACUCCAUCUACGAAGGCCGAGAUUACAACGUCAUCACUUGGCUAGCUGGGGUCGUAUUCAAGGACGUACCCCUCCGGCAGAUUCCUACGGACCUUGUUUUGAGCUAUCUUAGAGACCCGGGGAAAGAUCUCUGAGGGAUAGCUGGUGGGGAGGGGAGAAUAACCGGCUGCUUCCAACCGGUCCUCCCAUUCCUCGAGUGACUCGUUUUCAGGGUCAUAGGGAGCCGGUUCGUCUUCUACCGGUGCAUCCCUCUCCUGAAAAAUCUGACCACGCAUCUGAUUUACUGGCCGCGGGUCUGGGACAUUAGGGUUGGGAAUCGACCGGGUUUCAGGAAUGGGAGAAGGUGACCCAGUCGAGGAAGAAGAAGAAAGGGAUUCCUCGGAU